AAACAUCGUAAGCCCAUUACAAAUCAGGCCAUUGUACCAUUCUCACACACUGUUUCACUAGCACCAAUGGCUUCUUCUUCUUCUUCGAGCUCUGCCUCAAACUUCCAAAACCCUAACAAGAAGAAGACGCUAGGUUUAAUUGCUAAUGCAUUGAAACGUAAAGACAGCUUCAUACAGUUCUUCGCCAUGUCUGGAAUCUUUCUCCUCAGCCUCAGAUCCCUCGGUCAGAAGUACCGCCUCAAUGAUCUUCAAGAAGAUACUGCCUCUCUCAAAGAGGAACAGAAAGGCCUCCAUGAUCGCAUGAAUCACAUCAAGCGCAGCCUCCUUCACGAAGCUUCUCUUGACUCCACCGGCCUCUUCGCUUCCCGGCUUCGCCUUCUCUUCGGUGACGACCAGUGAAUCUGGUGAAUUUUGUAUUGCUUACGCUGUUUCUACUGUUCUGAAUAAAUCUUCUUUUGGUUUUUGUUUUUACAAGAAAGUUUACUGAGAAAACUAGAGUUUUUUUUUAGUUUUCUACAGGAAUUUAUGUGGUUUUAGGAGAAACUAGGGAUUCUGUGACCUUUAUUGGAUUCUGUCAUCUAUAAUAUUAAAUGAGAAAAUUCGGGGCUUCUGUUAA